AUGAGCGCCGUCGGCUACGAUCUAUCCCUAGAGGAAGUCGGGGCCAUCAUUGAGUCGAUGGAUGCUGACGGCGAUGGAUCGCUGAGGCUUGAGGAAUUCAUCCAAUUGAUGGAGAGGGGAGAGGAAGAAGAUGAUACAGAGAUGAUAGAAGCCUUCAAGAUGUACGAGAUGGAAGACCAGGGAUGCAUAACUGCGAAGAGUCUUAAAAGGAUGCUAAGCAGGUUAGGUUAUUCAAGGGAUAUUGAGGUUUGCCAGGGGGUGAUUAGUAAAUUUGACACCAACAAUGAUGGGGUGCUCAGCUUUGAAGAGUUUAAGAAUAUGAUGAUGGCUUGA